AUGGAGGAGGUCAAAAGUGCUCCUUUGAACCACCUCAAUUCGAAAGAGGAUUUCCUCCGCCGAGUGCAGACGGCAGACAGUGUCUUUCUGCCCCGCGAUGUGUUCGAAGCCCUUUACCUCUCCCCUGAGCGUAAUGUGCCCGGAGACCUGAGGAAGAAGUUUGGUAACCCGACGCCGGCCGCUCUCAUUGGCUUCGUCAUGUCUGCGACUCCGUACGCUGCCGCAAACAUGGGCUGGCGUGGUGCAGGAGGUUUAGGAGGCGCCCUCAUCCCAAACAUGAUCUUCUUCGGCGGUGUUCUCCAGAUCCUGGGCGCCAUCGCCGAAUGGAUCCUGGGCAACACCUUCUCCAUGUGCUUAUUCUUCACCUAUGGUACUUUCUGGAUCGUGGCCGGCACUCAGCUCAUUCCGUGGUUCGGCGUUGGAGUCCAAUACUCCACCACAGGAGACUCGUUCCAUGGCAUGACUGAACCAAGCUAUUACGCUACUGUCGGAUUCUACUAUCUCUCGCUCGCCAUGAUCACCACCAUCUUCACCAUCUGCUCUCUGCGGACCAACAUCGUCUUCUUCUCCGCGCUUUUCACCCUGAUCUUCGCCUUCGGCUGUGCCGCGGGAGCUUUCUGGAACCUGGCACUCGGAAACGUCGCCCUGGGCGGCAAGUUGACUAUAGCAGCAGGAGCGUUCACCUUCGCCCUGACGAUGAUGGUGUGGUACCUCCUCACGGUGCAAUUGCUGGAAUGCGUCGACUUCCCGAUCACACUGCCUGUGGGCGAUCUCUCGCGGUUCAUCAAGGGCAAGAGUGAAAGGACCGCGAAGAAAAUCGCCGGCAGCGCAACUGAUAGUGGGAGCUAG